AUGAUGCGCCAAAUAGGCCCGGUGGAGCUGGUGCCAGACAGGCCGGGAACAGAUGAGUCUCUACGAGUGUGCGUCCACCCUGGGCCCAGCUGCUGUACCGGUAAGAUGGAGGACAGCUACAUGGCGGCGGUCCGCAGUGAGACGCAGCAGAAGAUGAGAUCCUACAGCUUUGAACUUAAGUACCUGAUCGCUGGACACACCAAGGCGUACCGAGAGACCUUUGAGUCGCUCGUGUCCUUCACAUCUAACCUGACCAGCACUCUGUUUGACAGCGCCUACUCUGCUCUUGCGUCAGACUGUCGCCCCCUUGUGUUUCAGCUGUUCAGCGACAUCAAACGCCACGUUUCUGGAAACUCUAAUUUUACAUUGGAAAACACUGUGCGUCAGUUCUACAAUGAUCUUUUCCCGUUGGUCUACCGGCGCCUGCUCAACCCUGGCAUCGGCCACAUGUCACCCAAGUCCUAUUCCUCCCCCUCCAACAAUCACGACGACUGUCUGCGGAUGACACGGCAGGAUGUCAGCCCCUUCGGACCCCAUCCUCGCCUCCUGGUCAGCAGCUUGUCCCGUGCACUCGGGGCGGGCCGAGCACUGAGCCGACUGCUCAGACUGGCUGGAGAAGUUGUGAAUGCGACCGAGAAGGCAACGUUAUCCAGAGAGUGUGGGCGAGGCUUAGUGAGGAUGCAGUACUGCUCCCACUGUAGAGGGAUGACCCUGAUACGGCCCUGUACCGGACUGUGUGUCAAUGUUAUGAGAGGAUGUCUGGUGAGUGUAUCAGAGCUUGCCGCCCCCUGGGGGAGUUUGGUGGUGUUGCUCCAGCGGUUAGCUGCUACUUUAGCAACCAGCAGCAACCACAACAGCAUGGAGUUAGCACUGUUAGCAGUCCGCAAUCAUGUGAAUGAUGCUAUACUGCACGCUCAGCUGCACGGACCACGCAUCACAGCCACAGUAGAGAAGGUGUGUGGACCACAGGCAGCUGGUCCCAUGAUGCAGAGCGCAAAUCUUGCUACCACGCAUACUACAUCUCUGAGCCAUUUCCCAUCAGUAACCUCAGAGAGGUCAAAUGUGACAUCGCCUCCCUCAGUGGGUCCGACUGCUCAUCAGCGUCUGCAGCCCCAAUCCCGGAGGUCAUUCCUUCUUAAAGGCUCCAGAGGAGACAAGAGUCGCAGCUUGAAAAAACUCUCUAGGGAGUUUGAGGGCUCUAUCCAGCGAUACCGGUGGUUUUUCUCAGAACUGCCAGAGAUGCUCUGUGAAAGUGAGAUGGAGGUUGAGCAGCACACAUGCUGGAGUGGCCAAGACGUCGUAGAGAGUUAUGCAGGUCGAGUGGUUGGCAGCAGUUUUAAAGCACAAAAGGAGAACCCAGAGAUGACCGUCCGUAAUAUAGAUCCUGUCCUGAAGGGGGCGAAACAGAAGCUGGAGCAGCUAACUCAGGAGCUGUUAGUGGACCUCGGCUGGGAGACCAAAACCAAGGUAAAGGUUGAGGAAGACGAGGGAGGGAGUGCACAGACAGAGAGAGGCAGCGGAGACGACUGCGAUGAUGAAGAUGGCUGUGAAGCAUCUGGUGUGGAGAACGGUGAUACAUCCAGCGGUCAUAGUCCAGUAACAAAGGACAUGGCUCCUCCUCCUCCUCCUCGUCGCCCCGUCCCUCCUCAUCACCUCUCACCUCCACAGGUGCCUGUUCGAGGCUCAGCCCACAUGUUGUCUAUUGAACCUUUGACCCUGGCGACCCUGCUGCUUCUACUGCUGUCGCCAUGGGAACACCGCUGA